AUGCGGCCCCCCGAAGAUUGACCUUGGAGGAAAGUGGCCCUCGGGCUGGAAUAGACGCUACUCCCUCUCCCCUGACCCCCGAGGGCUCCCCCGAUCCUCCUCCCACGCCGCCACGCCCUCUUCCCAAUGCACCCGAGGACUACAUUUCCCAGCGCCCUUUGCAGCCCGGUCUGGCCUCGCCCUCGUGGCGCGGCGCUCAGCUGAGAGUCUCCGGCAGGAAGUUCCGCGGCUGCUGCGCUGGGCGCUUCCCCGAGAUGCCUUUGUUGGUGAAUGGGGAGCGGGUCGACUUGUCCCAGCCCACGAGGGAGCUGAUCUACACCUUCCCGGAGCUGGAGGAACAAGCCAAAAUCUUAAGAGGUCAGCCUGCUCAAUCAGUGGGCCCCAAAGGACUUCUCUAUGUCCAGCAGAGAGAAUUUGCAGUCACCACUCCUAAGGAUGCUUCUGUCUCUAUUCUCGGAUCAGAUGAUGCAACCACCUGCCAUUUGGUGGUCCUCAGACACACAGGCAGCGGGGCUAUCUGUUUGACUCACUGCGAUGGAUCGGAUACGGAGACAGAAGUUUUGUUAAUCACAAAUGCAGUGAAAGUGCUUUCUCCUAACACGGAAUGUGGAAGGUUGGAAGUACACCUGAUUGGAGGAUUCAGCGAUGACAGGCACUUAUCCCAGCGACUUACCAAUCAGCUCCUGAGAGCGUUUGACCGUUUGCAGGAUAAUGUCCAUUUAGUGACCUUCUGCGUGACAGAAUUAAAUGACCGGCAAGAGAAAGGCAAACAUUUGCCAUUCAUUUAUGGAAUUGCUGCGAAUGUUAAAACAGGAGAGAUUUUCCACGCAACGUUUCCAGACAAGGGGCCCGAUGUGGAUCUGCGGUCUGCCAGUAUCUUAACGGGAGCCAAGGUAAGAAGACACGUGUUUCAGUUUUCGGGAGAUUAGAAAAUGUAAUUGUGA